UUCAUCUUAGACCUUACCCAGACAUCAGCGUACACAACAGAGGCAAUUCCAGUCACAGAAUCCAGUGGAGAUCCCUGUCAUGAGCUCAGCUGCACUGAGAAUGAACAGUGUGAAGAGAAACAUGGUGUUUACAGCUGUUCCUGCAAGGAAAACCAUCACGGAUCUCAGCAUGGCUCAUUUGAUUUCACUGAAACCUGUGAAAGCAGCUCUGGCUCCAUGUCUGUGUCUCGCUGUCAGCUUUUUGAGGCUGGUUUUUCUUCUGACAUCUUACACCUCAAUGACCCCAGUUGCAGAGGAACAGUUCGGAAUGGCAGAGUGGAGUUCUACUUUGAUAACAAUGACCAUGUCUGUGGUACAAAUCUUAUGGCCAAUGGCACUCAUUUCAUCUGUGAGAACUUUAUUGUCGGGGAUCCAAACUCAGUUGGGCAUCUCAUCAGCAGGGAAAGAAUUCUGAAGCUUCCUUUCAGCUGUGUGUACUCACAAACCCAAACUCUCUCCAUGGACAUCAACCCUCUGGAGAGUUCUGUGCACAUGAACCUUCCUGCUGGUCAAGGGAUGUAUCAGGUCAGGAUGAUUCCAUAUCAGGAUGCUGAAUUUGCCCACCCUUUUACUGGUAGUGUGAACGCAGAGCUGAACAAACACAUUUUUGUGGAAGUUCGUGUUGAUGGGGUUGACAGCCGUCAGUUUGCAUCAGUGAUUGACACAUGUUGGGCUACACCUGUGAGUGAUCCUCAUUACCCUCUCCACUGGGACCUUAUCACUGACAUGUGUCUCAGUCCAAAUGACGAAGUUGAGCUUCUGCAGAAUGGUGUUUCCACAUCCAGCCGUUUCUGCUUCAGCAUGUUUAUCUUCACUGCAAACUCCACCAAGGUUUACCUACACUGCGCUAUUCACCUUUGCCUUCUGACAGACGAUCAUUGCUCAGUGCACUGUGGCUCUGAACACCACCAUAGAGAGCGUAGAUCUCUGGACUUCCAUGGCAGUACUUCCGUAUCCGUGGGUCCUUUGAUGUGGUUUGACAGUAACAAAAGUGAUUAAUGCAUUAAAAAAGUCUAUUUUUUCAUACAUAUCUGACAUAUU